AUGAGCAGAUGGGAAGUGGUGAGCACAAUUAUGCACACUGUUGUUGUACUCCUUCAGUUGAGCUCCCUGCGGUUGGUGCAGUGCCAAUUGCCGAGGAGCCCAGCGUCUUUUGAUUUGCUCACACAAAUGGCGUACACAAGGCUCCAAAAUCUCACCUCAAACAUCCUCUCCACAAGACUCGUCCAAGAUUACAGCUUUUGCAUUCACAACCCGGAAGCCGAAUGGAAUAGAGCUUUCAAUUAUUCCUCGGAUUUAAGUUUCUUGACUGCUUGCCUUGCCAGCACUGGAGAUGUUGGUAGGCGAUUAUGCACAUCAGCAGAAGUUUCGGUUUAUUUUGAUAACUUGAGGAGUGGAGGAAAUAACCUAAGGCCAAACAGGAAUUGUAAUUCUUCCCAUUGGGUGUCCGGUUGUGAGCCCGGAUGGGCUUGCUCAGCCGAUCCUGACGAGUCCGUUGACCUCCAAAAUUCGCGGGUUAUGCCCGCAAGAGGAUCCGAAUGCAGUUCAUGCUGUGAGGGCUUCUUUUGCCCGCAGGGCCUCACUUGCAUGAUGCCCUGUCCACUGGGUUCCUACUGCCCACAUGCUACUCUCAACAGAAGUACAGGAAGAUGUGAACCCUAUUCCUACCAACUUCCACCAGGACAAAGGAAUCACACUUGUGGUGGUGCAAAUAUUUGGGCAGAUGCUCGUUCGAACAACGAGCUUUUCUGUUCUGCUGGUUCCUAUUGUCCCACAAUUACUGAGAGAGUGCCGUGUAGCAGUGGGAAUUACUGUCCAAUGGGAUCCACGGAUGAGCACCGAUGCUCCAGGUUGACUACGUGUGAUUCCAGUACAGAAAGUCAAAAUAUUCAUGCAUAUGGAGUUGUGCUCAUUGUUGCAUUGACUACUAUUCUGCUUAUUAUAUACAACUGCUCGGAUCAAAUCCUGACCACGCGAGAAAGAAGAUACGCCAAAUACAGAGAAGCCGCUGCAAGAACCGCCAGGGAGAAAACACAAGCUCGCGCCAGGUGGAAGGCUGCUAAGGAUGCUGCGAAAAAGCACGCCAUCGAGUUACAAUCCCAACUCUCGGGCAAAUUCUCUAAGAAGAAGUCCCUCAAAAGCACAGAUGAGGUCAAGAUUUUGGAUCCCGAGGAAAAUGAUGAUCACUUGCAUCCAACCACUUCAUCGACGGGAAAAGAAGAUGACCACAUCAUCGAGCUUCAUGAUUCAGAGCAGCGGAAUAAAAAUGUGAAGAAGAAAAUUCAUAAAGAAAAGGAAAUUCAUACACAUAGUCAGAUUUUCAAGUAUGCUUACUCACAGCUAGAGAGAGAGAAAGCCGAGCAGCAGCAGAACAAGAAUCUGACUUUCUCGGGCGUGAUUUCAAUGGCCACAAAGAGCGAUACAAGGAAAAGACCACUGAUCGAGAUUGAUUUCAAAGACGUAACUGUGACUCUAAAAGGAAAACAUAAGCGUCUCAUGCGGGAUGUCACCGGGAAGAUAAAGCCGCGCCGCAUAACGGCAAUCAUGGGUCCAUCAGGAGCCGGAAAAACGACUUUUCUUUCUGCUCUGGCAGGAAAAACAGUCGGGUGCACGGUUAGCGGUACGAUUUUGAUUAAUGGGAAGGGAGUUUCGAUUCAUUCGUACAGGAAGAUCGUUGGUUUUGUUCCGCAAGAUGAUAUUGUGCAUGGGAAUUUGACCGUGGAGGAAAAUCUGUGGUUUAGUGCUCGGUGCAGACUAUCUGCAGAUUUGCCGAAGGCUGACAAGGUCCUUAUAGUAGAGAGAGUGAUUGACUCGUUAGGACUGCAGGGAAUUCGGGGUUCUUUAGUUGGGACUGUUGAGAAACGAGGUAUAUCUGGAGGCCAGAGGAAAAGAGUGAAUGUUGGUAUCGAGUUAGUUAUGGAACCAUCUUUGUUGUUCUUAGACGAGCCUACAUCUGGUUUGGACAGCUCGUCUUCUCAGCUGCUUCUUAGAGCACUUAGACGAGAAGCUCUUGUGGGGGUCAAUGUCUGCAUGGUCGUCCAUCAACCAAGCUAUACAUUGUUCCAAAUGUUUGAUGACUUGGUACUCCUAGCCAAAGGAGGUCUCACCGUCUAUCACGGCUCUGCAAGAAAAGUUGAGGAAUACUUUUCAAGUCUUGGGAUCAACGUUCCGGAGCGCGUGAAUCCUCCAGAUUACUUUAUUGACAUUUUGGAAGGGAUGGUUAAGACGAGCUCGAGUUCGGGUGUGAGUUACACUGAACUUCCUGUGAGGUGGAUGUUGCAUAAUGGCUAUCCUGUUCCUCCGGAUAUGAGAAUCAAUCCUUCCGGACAUAAUAUCCUAAGUUCGGAGGUUACAGAUCACAUCCAUGGUUUUGACGUCGAGGAUCAAUCCUUUGCGGGGGAAGUAUGGCAAGAUGUUAAGGCCAGCGUGCAGCGUAAGCAUGAUAGGAUAAGGCACAAUUUUUUGAAGUCCACUGACUUGUCCUACCGUAGGACCCCGAAUAUUUUCUUGCAGUACAAGUAUUUCCUUGGGAGGUUGAGUAAGCAGCGGAUGAGAGAAGCCAAGACACAGGCAGUGGAUUAUCUGAUCCUUUUAAUAGCUGGGGCCUGUUUGGGUUCACUCACAAGGGCUAGUGAUGCAACCUUUGGUUUUGCUGCUUAUACAUACACGUUAAUUGCUGUCUCUCUGUUAUGCAUGAUUGCGGCUUUGAGAUCGUUUUCUCAGGACAGGUUACAGUACUCGAGAGAAAGCGCAGCUGGCAUUAGCAGCUUUGCUCAUUUUGUGUCUAAGGACACAAUCGACCUUUUCAACAUCCUAAUAAAGCCUGUUAUCUAUCUCUCCAUGUUUUAUUUCUUCACCAAUCCGAGGUCAUCCUUCGUGGAUAACUAUGUUGUCUUGCUAUGCCUCGUUUAUUGCGUGACAGGCAUAGGUUAUGCUUUGGCCAUAUUUCUUGAACCCGGGCCUUCCCAGCUGUGUUCGGUUUUACUCCCAGUGGUGUUGACUCUCAUUUCAACCCAGUUGAAUGCGAGCAGCUUCGUAAGGAAUUUAUCCAACUUUUGUUACCCAAAGUGGGCCUUAGAAGCAUUUGUCAUUGCAAAUUCCGAAAGAUAUUACGGCGUGUGGCUGUUGACGAGAUGUGGUGCGCUGAUGAGGUAUGGAUACAACGUUGGUAACUGGGGGCUCCGCUUAUGUUUGCUGAUUCUUGCUGGCGUAGCCUCCCGUGCUAUAGCUUUCAUUGGCAUGAUAACUUUCCAAAAAAAGUGA